UUCAGAGGAGAAGUUGGAAAGGAAUAAAACUACCUUUUUAUAACAGAGACAGUUAUAUAGAUUUCCAGUCUUUGUGAAAUUCUGAUCUUUUGAUUUGUUUGGGUUCCCUAAGGAUUCACAAUGCACUUAAAGGAAUUCCAGAUGACCGUGAUGGGCUAUUCGAUACCAUUCAGCGAUCCAAGAACCAUUAUCAAAAAAGGGCUUACCAGUGUAUAAAGUGUAUGGUGGCUCUCUUCAGCAACUGUCCUGUGGCGUAUCAAAUUUUACAGAGUAAUGGAGAUUUGAAGAGAAAAUGGACCUGGGCAGUAGAAUGGCUUGGAGAUGAGCUAGAACGUAGGCCUUACACUGGCAAUCCACAGUAUACAUACAAUAACUGGUCUCCACCAGUACAAAGUAAUGAAACAUCAAAUGGUUAUUUUCUGGAGAGAUCUCACAGUGCAAGAAUGACUCUUGCAAAGGCUUGUGAACUGUGCCCUGAAGAGGAACCAGAUGAUCCAGAUGCUCCUGAUGAGCAUGAAUCUUCUCCACCAGAAGAUGCUCCAUUGUACCCCCAUUCACCUGGCUCCCAAUACCAACAGAAUAACCAUGUGCAUGGACAGCCAUAUACAGGCCCUGCAGCACACCAUAUGAACAAUCCUCAGCGAACUGGCCAACGAGCACAAGAAAAUUUUGAAGGCAGUGAAGAAGUUUCACCACCUCAGACAAAAGAAUAGUGAAAAUGCACACAAUUAACUUGCUCCAUCAAGACUGUGCACCCAGGCCUUACAGUCCAACUUUUCUCUGUGUCUGGCUGAUAUUUAGAAAAACUAUUCCUAAUCAACAUGGAGUGAAGAGUCUAUUCACUGUCUUAUCUGCAGAAAAUUGCUGUCAAUAUAUAACCUGCCUGCAGUGGAAAGUGUAUAGUGUUUUGUAAUAAAUGGCCUGAUGCUAAUGUGUAAAUGGCAAAGGUGUAUAUAGUAUAUUAAUGUUUGACUGUUAAUUCUUAAACAAGAAACUUUUUUUGUCUUGAAUGAGACUCACAGAUCUACAACAAUUAAUUUCUUGAUAUAUCUGCUGCGCUCUACAACCAGUGUUGCCUGCCUAAUGGCAGUUAGAUCAACUCAACUCCUUACCCUUGCCCCACCCAAAAAGUAAGCCUCUUCAUGUCAACCAGAAAAAUACUUUCAUAUAAUUCUUUGCCACUGGAGUCCAUUUUACUAUGAGCAUCAUAAUGACUGGUAACCUUUUAAUUCUUUGGUUGAUAUGGAAAACUGGUGAUAUACCUUGUUUCUAGAUCUUUUUCCAUUGCCUUUUCCAUUCUGGUAUUAAGUUAAUCACUUGAAGCUAUAGUUAAGCUGUAACAUUUAGCAUGGCUUCACACCAAGUUAGAAUAGCCAGUGAGGAAAGAAAAAUUCAGUUGUCCAAAAUGACAACUGUUACUUAAACCCUUUUCUUCAGACACCUGGGUUAUAAAACAGGAAGGGAGGGUUGGGCAAAGUGGCCGAUGGUUUUCAGUUGCACAUAUGUUCCUCACAUCUGAUGUUUGACAGUUCUGUCUCUGGAUGGGGUAAAAGAACACUUAGUUUUCAGUAAUAGGAAAUUAAAAGAUUUAAAACAAAUAUGCAAAUUUUGCUAUGCCAGGAUGCCUGGAGCAUAACAGACUGUAUUUGGUGUGCUUGUUUUGUUUCUUCAGUAGAGCUUAUUUGAUAAAACUUCUAAUACUUUCCUUUAUACUGCACUGCAGUGAAGUGGAAGUCAACAAAAUCACACAAUACUUGUGAGUGCCACUGCACCAAGUUAACUUGCUGAUUUUCUGCUCAUGCACAAUUCUACUUGAAAGCAAGAAUUGUCUUAGCUCUAUAUCCAUUAAAAGAGAAAUCUUAACCUUAGGAGCAGGGUUUGAUUAUUAAAGUAAAUAAACUACUGGUUAGUCAAAUAUAAACCCGAGGUAUCUCUGUUCCAGAGUAAACAUUUGUUUAAAGACUUCAAGGAACUCAUCAGUAAAUACUGUAUUUAAAUUAAAAAUUGGUAACUUGAAUGUGUGUAAUUAUUUUGGAACCUGUCAAAAAACCAAAUACCCCUGCAAACAGAUACAGCCCACCCUAUACUAUUUAAAUAUUUGCUGUUUUAUUUUAUAGAAAUUAUUUUGCUGAAUUCACAAAUAGAAUUUGAUUUAAGAAGACCAUUUUUGUCCUGUGGUAUGUGUGUGUGGUUUUUUGUUUUUUGUUUUUUUUAAACAGAAUGCACAGGUAGUUGAAUUCUGUGCACUAUACUGAAUUCUGGAACAAAAGUCACAGUGAGAUUUGGUGGACCGAAAUUUGAUCCUUGACAAAGAAUAAAAAAAGAAACCUGUCAUAGUUUAUUAAUGUGACUAUCUUGUACUUUUUGUAUGUUUUAUAUAUACAUAUAUAUUUAAUGAGCACAAGCUUCCUGGUAUUUUUGUUAAGUUAAUACAAACAAUGCUGCUUAUCAGACUUAGAAUUUAUAGUUGAAAUAAGUAAAUUGAGGAAAUCAGAGAUUUCUUUUGCAUUUAGUGUAACUAGAGUCUUAACACAUUUUUAUUCUAGGUAAAAUGUUCACAUUACCCUUCCAGGUUUGCUCUCAGAUACUUGUUAUGUUUUAAUAGCAUUUUCUUGGAUUGGUUACCAACAUUUGACCGAAGCUUUACCCAUCUAUUUGGGUAAAUUUAGUACUAGCUUAAACAAAAUAAUACUCUGAUUUUGUAUGAGAACCUCAAACAUUCCCUUGCUCCAACACUUAUUGUUAGAUGUUGUUUCAAAAACUUUUUGCCUUCCAAAACAAAGCAGUUAUUAUUUCAGCCUGGGGGGGGGGGGAAGCAAGUGUGACACAAUUGUGGAACUUAUGUUCACAAUGCUAUAUGUUUUUUACCCUCCAUGGGGGAACCUGUUUUAAAAUGUUCAGCUUAGGGUUGUUAUUAGUAAACUUUUACAGAAAACUGAGAGUAUGGCUAGUUGGAAGUCAAUGGGUAGCAGAAACAUGAGAAUUCUUUUUUUAGACAAAAUGUCAGAUUUAUUCCUUUUAAAAUGUUCUACAUAGUAAUUUAUGCUUCUGCCAGUUACGGCAACAGCUUCAAAACUGUAAUUUUAUUACCUCAGUAUUGAUGGCACACAUUAGAACAAGUCCUCAAAGUGCCUAAAUGUUUAAUUUUACUUUUCCCCUUAUUGAGUUCUGCUUUUUUGUUUUUAACACCUAAGGAGAAACUGCUGUCUUCCAUAAAAGUUAUUCACCUAUUGUUAAUCUUACCUUUUUUUAAAAUAAUUUUAAGAUUCAAACAAAAAUAAGUUGAAUAGCUAUGGAGAAAAAAAUAGCAAUUUUCUUACCAGAAUGUAUUUAUAAAAAUAGCUUUCAUUUUUAUAGGACCAAUUCUGUAUGUGUGUAAUUCUUUUAUCACUAAGCUCAGUGAAUACUAAAUGUUUUGUUUUAGUAUUCUCACUGCUAAACUCUAACCUAAUUAAGUAUGCAUGGCUGCCAGCUUGCUGUUUUUUUUAAUGUAUUUUUCACUUUGAAAGAUCUUUUGAAUGCCAAAAGUCACAGGAGCUUCAUUCAUUAAAAAGCAAAACUAGAUUCUAGUCUUUAGCAGUUUAGGGAAAUAACGGUAAGCAUGAUUGCUAUGUUCUCUGAAAACCAAGCAAGAAGUAAAAAAUAUCCAAAAUAGAAUUUUAAAUCUCAUAAUUCUUAAAUUGCAUAACGUAGUUUCAGUUUUCAGAAUUAGUUUUAGAAAUGCAUGUAUUGAUUUUAUUUGCUUUUCAAACAGAAUUAACUAGAAAUAAACAAUUAUAAAGAAUGUAUAUAGAGAGAUACCUUUCUGAAUGUCUUUUGUUCAUUAAUGAAUUAAAUAGAGUAAGUAUUUAGUCAGUGUAGAGUUAGGAAUAAACUAGGUUUUUUUCCCUCUUUUGGCACACUUUCGUAUAGAAGCAUACAUGAUCUUGCCACUGCCCUACAGGCAUUCUUAAAUAAAGUUGCACUUUAAAAACAAGCUGCAAAAUGUUUGUGUUAGGUUUCAUGUUUCAUGAAAAGCAUAUUCCCAAAGUGGAAUAAUCUGAAGAAUUACCCCAAUAACACUCCUGUGUGUCCCAUUGGAGCUUGAUUAAAAUACUGUUUUGUUUUUCAGACAGUCCUAAUGUUCAUUGAUCUCCAUGUACUGUUUAUAGAAAAAAUGGCAACAUUACCAAUUGUUAUAUGGCUAAAUGUUUGUGCUAUAUAAAGUAGAUUGUUACGGAUAUUUUUAACACAAAUUGUGCUAGGGUUCACAUUCUUAAAAACUUUUUUACCAAAAAAAAAAAAAAA